GUCGAAGAGCUUCCCAAAAGCAUCCGCCGGAAUUAUCUUUAGGCGCAGGAGAAAACGGCAAGAGGCCAACGGAAUGUAAACAGCGACUACACGGUCACUAGCGCGGUGUGCUGUCGUGGUCCCUUCACAACGCAAUGACUUUUCACUCAAAUUCAUUGUUGCCGACAUGUGGACGUUAUUAAAGGGCCUCAUGUACAAAGACUUGCAUGGAUGUCCUACAGAAACAUGGCGUACGCUCCAAUGCAGAAAAUGUCGUGAACACAAAAAUAUUCCGAUGUAUGAAUCAGUGCGUACGCACGAAUCCAAGCACAUUUCCUUCGAACAGCCCGAUCAACGUAGCCGACUCCUCCCUGUCCACGCCCACGUUUAAAUAUGCAAAUCAUAUUUAAAUGAACCCUGCACCUGCGAGGGUUCAAGAUUGAUUCUAACAGUUUCCCAGCAUCACCUCGAAGUGUCGCCAAAGGACCGACGGCCGUAGAAACAUCUUCCUGGCUCACGAAAAGGAGUUUGGGUGAGACGGCGCUACAAUGAGACUGAAGCUGAAAACGGUGUUUGUGCUCUACUUCCUGGUCUCUCUGCUGGGCCUCAUCUAUGCACUGAUGCAGCUCGGUCAACGCUGUGACUGCACGGAGCACGACAUGCCCAAGGAGCGAACCGUAUCUCGACUGCGGGGGGAGCUGCACCGUCUUCAGGAGCAAGUGAGGAAGUUGGAGGUCACCAGGCAGCCCCAAAAAGAGUCGUCCCUGCCCACCGUCUUUGUCAUCACGCCGACAUACGCCAGGCUGGUGCAAAAGGCCGAGCUGACCCGCUUGUCCCAGACCUUCCUCCACGUGCCCCAGCUCCACUGGAUCGUCGUGGAGGACUCUCAGACCAAGACGCCGCUCGUGGGGCAACUCUUGGCCAAGUCCGGCCUGUCCUACACGCAUCUGCACGUGGCCACCGCCAAGGAGCGCAAAUUGCAGGAGGGCGAUCCGAGCUGGCUCAAGCCUCGCGGUGUGGAGCAGAGGAACGAGGCCCUGCGCUGGCUCCGAGAGGACCGGAGGGCUCCGAAGGACCAGCGCGGCCGACGGGGCGUGGUCUAUUUUGCCGACGACGAUAACACGUACAGCCUGCAGAUAUUUGAAGAGAUGAGGAGCACGCGGCAAGUGUCCGUGUGGCCCGUGGGGCUGGUCGGAGGGAUGAAGUACGAGAAGCCCGUAGUGGAAGGAGGAAAGGUGGUCCGCUUUCACGUCGGCUGGCGUCCCAGUCGUCCCUUCCCCAUGGACAUGGCCGGCUUCGCCGUGUCCCUCGAGCUGCUCCUGACCAAUCCCGACUCUCGUUUCGAUGGCAACGCCCCAAUGGGCUUCCUGGAGAGCAGUCUCCUGCAGGGCCUGGUCACCAUGGACCAGCUGGAGCCUAAAGCGGACGACUGUUCCAAAGUGCUGGUGUGGCACACGCGCACGGAGAAGCCUAAGAUGAAGCGUGAAGAUGCUCUGCAGGCUCAGGGACUGGGCUCAGACCCGACUCUGGAGGUCUGAGAAGCACACGCCCACAACAGGGAAGUCGUCUUAAAAUUCAACGAUGCUUUGUACGUACUGUAAUUCCCCAUUCCUACUCCCUGUGGACCUCUGAUUAAAACUCAUGCAUGCCUUUGUUUUUAUUUGCAUGAUAGCCGCACAGAUGCCUUUUAAAGUAGAACGUUUAAAAUCCACUCAGAUGAACAAUACAAGCGCUAAUGAAGAUAAAGUAAGAAACACGACCACUCCUCUGAGCCUCGUUUCGCGUUCAAUAUAUCAAAUGCAGUAGUUUGAUCGCGAUGUGCUGGGUGUUGUAUACAGUGUUGUUUUAUUUAUUGCUGUAGUAUUUGCUCCUUGCGUUGUACUACUGUGUCACUGACAAAUAAACUCGCUCCAAUGUU